AUGUUCUGGUCCAAAGAAAAAGAUUUCAACCCCAAAGACAUGCCCUCUCUUGAAGGAAAAGUCAUCCUCGUCACAGGCGCCACCGCCGGUCUAGGCAAAGAAUCCGUCCUCCAAUUCGCCCAUCACAAUCCCUGGCGCAUCUAUCUCUGCGGCCGAAACCUCCAAAAAGCACAACUCGCCGCACGAGACAUCAAACACGCUGUCCCUUCCGCUUCAAUCAGACUCCUCCAUCUCGAUCUUUCCUCGUUCGCUUCAAUCAAAGAAGCAGCGCGCAUCGUGCUCUCGGAAUCCGAAAGGCUUGAUAUCUUGAUGCUCAAUGCUGGAACUAUGUUUGUUCCUCUUGAUCGUACUGCAGAUGGUUAUGAGGUCCAGUUUGGGACGAAUCAUAUAGGCCAUGCGCUUCUUAGCAAGUUACUUAUCCCGCUGCUCGAGAAAACAACGCGUUUACCUGGCUCAGAAGUGAGAGUUGUGUCUCUUGCAUCUCAUGGACACGUCUAUCUCAACAAAGGCGGGAUUAACUAUGAUACCCUCAAAACUGAUGGAGAGUCAAUUGGUCUUUAUCAGUGCUACUAUCAGAGCAAACUUGCCAACAUCCUCUGGGCGCGACAGUUGGCAAAGAAGUAUCCGCAGUUCACUGUAUCAGCAAUCGAUCCUGGGCUUGUGAACACAGAGUUGUUGGUGAAGGCAACGGGGAUGGUUGGUACUUGUAUGCAGUGGUAA